GCACCACUCACGUAUCACCUCCUUCUGCGUUGAUCAUUCCCAUACACUCAAUUGCCGUUUAUGCUAGAGAAACGUCUAUUCUUCCUGCCUGCACGCUGAUUACUGUGUCGCAUAAACUAUUGUCUACAUUCGACGGCAUUUAGCGACCGCCUAAAUCUCAUUCUCAACAACAACAUGUUCAACAGUCUUUCUGGAAACAAAACCGGGCUACUAUUUACACUGGCUAUCAUAAUCUUCUUCGCACAAGGAGGAUCAUGGGCAGGACGCAGCCAGAGAGAUAGCAACUUCCCUGACAACUCAUUGCUACCAAGUGCCUCGAAGAUCAUCCCUUUCUCGGGGCACCAUGGCCGACGAGCAAUCAAGGAGCACCCGAUACCCAAACUGAUGGCGGAGGCCGAAACGAAGUUCCGACAAUUGGUGUCGAGCCAGAGCAAGACGCUAGAGGAAGCAGUUAAAGAGUACCAGCGGAGGUAUGGGCGGAAACCGCCGCGGGGCUUCGAUGAAUGGUGGAGAUUUGCGCAGGACAACGAGGUUGUCAUGAUUGACGAGUACGACGGGAUCAUGGAGGACUUGGCCCCAUUUUGGGCUAUGCCAGGGGAGGAACUGCGAGAGCGAGCCGCGCUAGCGGGGCAUCUCCCCUAUAUAGAUCUAGUCAGAAUCCGUGAUGGGAAAGCCACAGCAGUAAACAUCCGUGACGGACCCAACAGCGAUGAUGUUGGGGCGCGUGCGAAGGGUUUCCGGUCGAUGAUUGAGAAGUUCCAGGACAAACUUCCUGACCUAGACUUCCCCGUCAACGCGAUGGCGGAAGGGCGGAUCCUCGUUCCAUGGGAACAGCGCUUUCAACCGAACUCGACAAUGCAAGAUGACUACAUCCAAGCUGAGCUGAGCGGCGCAUACUCCCCUGACUGGAGGGGAGAGGGCAACGUCUGGGAAGCGUACCGCCGCACCUGUGAUCCCGGCACGCCCGCACGCAGGCUCUUCAGCUCCUCCCGUGUGAUCUCAACGAAUCGCACUAGCCAGCUCGUUGCACGUACGCAGGAGUUUGAGUUUGUACCGGACGUCAGUGCCAACUAUUCCUUCUGCGAGAAUCCCUGGGCACACUACAUACAAGGCCACUUCUUCUCUGACUGGCGCACGAUUCCGGUGCUCUUCCCUGUGUUCUCCCCGGCGCAGGCCCCUGGGUACUCGGACAUCAGAAUUCCGAGCCAUUAUUACUAUGGUCAGACGAGGCGAUAUACGUACGGGUACGACCCGGUGAACCUGGUGCUUAAGGAGAUCGACCAUAUGGAGACUCCCUGGGAGAUGAAGUCAGACAAGAUAUUCUGGAGAGGCGCGUCGACGGGUGGUGGUAGUUCACCUCCUGGCUUUGCCGCUUCGUAUCAGCGCCACAGGUUAGUGCGUAUGGCCAGCGACACGUCAAACGUCAAUCGCACAGUUGUCUUCGCCGAUCCUCCAAGCUCGACAAACUACAUCUAUGCGGAUGUUCCUAUAUCAAUACUGAACGAAGAGAUCAUGGACGUCGCCUUCAUGAAGGUAGUUGAUUCAUACAACUACCCCGGCGGUCUUAAUGCACUGAUCAGGGCACAUCGUUUCGACGAUGGCGGAGUCAACCUGGGUGACCACUGGAGACACAAGUACCUUGUUGACAUAGACGGUAUGGGCUACUCGGGCCGAUUCUUCUCGUUCAUGGAGUCGGACAGCGCCGUGAUCAAGUCAACGGUGUACAAGGAGUACUUCUCCGACUGGAUCCAGCCUUGGUUGCAUUACAUCCCGCUUUCCCAGUCAUACCAGGAGCUCUACAAUAUUCAUGCUUUCUUCUCUGGCGCGACCACGUCGACGCUGGAGGCUGUGAACUCAACGGCACUGGCCGUUCCCCCAGCAUCACGACACUCGGUUGACGGUGACCGGAGACUGCGUCGGAUCGCCCGCGCAGGCAAGCAAUGGAAAAGGACGAUUGGGAGGAGAGUAGAUAUGGAAGCGUAUGUAUACAGACUUUGUCUGGAGUAUGCGAGACUGUUUGCGGACGAUCGGGAUGCUAUGGACAUGACUCUCUGACAUUGGCAUUUACUGCGUUUUCGCCGAGGUGCUUUGUGCAUGUACAAUUGAUUAGUCGACUAUAAUAUGGGAUACAGCAAUGCAUGUUCACUGCCAAACGG